UUGCAAGGACCGUUCGAGUUGGAAGCAAGCUUCAGAUGUAACCCUAAUACACUCGCGGACAUUUAUGCGUUUAAUCCACAAUCCUUCAUCGAGACCAGCAAGAGAUUCUGGAGAACGACGCGCACGGACUGACAACAAGCGUUACUGAGUUUAAAAUACUGAUAAAUUCUCUUCUUAGUGGACAAGACUGCAAGUGAUGCUGAAGGAUUGAGUGUUUUCUGAUCAGUUUUCAGGGUCAGUUUAGCUGCAGUAUGUCAGAUGAAAGAGGAAAGGACUCUCUCUCUCAGAUGAGUCUCUCAGAGAAACACAGUGUAAGAUCAGGAUCACAUGUGUCCAGCUCUGUGUCUUUGAAGAGUGAUUGGUCUAAAGAUCCUCCACCAGACUUCAGUGAGAAAACACCAUCAUCUAAUAAAAGUGUAAGAUCAGACUCACAUGUGUCCAGCUCUGUGUCUCUGAAGAGUGAUCAGUCUAAAGAAGGACUUCCACCAUUCUUCAGUGAGAAAACACCAUCAUCUAAUAAAAGUGUAAGAUCAGGCUCACAUGUGUCCAGCUCUGUGUCUCUGAAGAGUGAUUGGUCUAAAGAUCCUCCACCAGGCUUCAGUGAGAAAACACCAUCAUCUAAUGAAAGUGUAAGAUCAGGCUCACAUGUGUCCAGCUCUGUGUCUCUGAAGAGUGAUUGGUCUAAAAAUCCUCCACCAGACUUCAGUGAGAAAACACCAUCAUCUAAUGAAAGAGUAAGAUCAGGCUCACAUGUGUCCAGCUCUGUGUCUCUGAAGAGUGAUUGGUCUAAAGAUCCUCCACCAAACUUCAGUGAGAAAACACCAUCAUCUAAUAAAAGGCUUCAAUAUGAGACAUUAGACUUAGACCUUCAGACUCACAGGAACCACGAGAAUUUCAAAGACAAUCUUCUUGGGAUCUUCCAGGAUCUUGAGAGCAAAAUAAUCACAUUUCUGAAGAAUGAACUGGAGAAGUUAAAGAAAAUAUUGCAACAUGAGAACACACAACACUUUGUGAAGGACUUUAAUGAGAACAGAUCCAGUAUCAAAUCAGCAGCUCUUGAUCUCACACUACAUUACCUGAGAGAGAUGAAGCAAGAUGAAGCUGCUGAUGCUCUAGAAGGUGAGCUGUUCUUCAUUCAUCAGCUGAAAUGUGGCCUAAAGAAGAAGUAUCAAUGUGUGUUUGAAGGAAUGGCGAAGCAAGGUGACUCCACACUCCUGAAUAACAUCUACACAGAUCUCUACAUCACUCAGGGUGGCAGUGAACAGGUCAAUACUGAACAUGAGGUGAGACAGAUUGAAGUUGCUUCCAGACGUCAUGAAGCACAAGAGAUACAGGUUGAAUGCACACAUUUGUUUGAAGCGCCUGAACAAGACAAGGAGAUCCGAACUGUACUGACAAAAGGAGUCGCUGGCAUUGGGAAAUCAGUCUCUGUGCAAAAGUUUGUUCUGGACUGGGCUGAAGGAAAAGAAAAUCAAGAUAUCAGCUUCAUAUUUCCUCUUCCAUUCAGAGAGAUGAACUUAAAGGAGAAAGAAAAACUAAGUUUGAUGGACCUUAUAACUCAGUUUUUCCCAGAGACAAAAGGACUGAACCUUACAAGAAGGAAUCAGUUCAAAGUGCUGUUCAUCCUUGAUGGAUUGGACGAAUGUCGCCUUCCUCUGAAGUUUGAUAGUAAUGAGACGUGGCGUGAUGUAUCGUCACCAGCCUCUCUGGAUGUUCUCCUGACGAACCUCAUGAAGGGAAAUCUGCUUCCUUCUGCUCUCGUCUGGAUCACCAGCAGACCAGCAGCUGCCAGUAAGAUUCCUCCUGACUGUAUCGACCGGCUGACAGAGAUACGAGGAUUCAGCGACGCACAAAAGCAAGAGUACUUCAAAAAAAGAUUCAAGGAUGAAGGUCAAGCCAACACAAUCAUAGAUCACGUUAAACAAUCAAAGAGUCUCUUUAUCAUGUGCCACAUCCCAGUCUUCUGCUGGAUUUCAGCCACUGUUCUCCAGAACAUUCUGGAGGAGAAGAGAAAUAAUGAUGUGAGAAACACUCAGGCUGAUGAGAUCUCUAAAACACUGCAGGAAUCAAACACUGAAGACACUCCCAAGACUCUGACACAAAUGUACACACACUUUCUCCGCUUUCAGAUCCAGCAGAGCCGCCGGAAAUAUGAUGGAGAAUACACACCAGAUGUUUCCUGGGAUAAAGACACAAUCCUUUCACUGGGGAAACUGGCAUUUCAUCAGCUGGAAAGAAACAACCUGAUCUUCUAUGACACAGACCUGGAAGCCUGUGGUCUUGACGUCUAUAAGGCAUCAGUGUACUCAGGCAUGUGUACCCAGAUCUUUAAGGAGGAAACAGGGAUCGUUCUUGGUACCAUGUACUGCUUUGUUCACUUGAGCAUUCAAGAGUUUAUUGCAGCCCUUUAUGCACAUCUGUUUCUAGACAUCAACAAGACAAGUGUGUUUGAUCAUGAGUCUACAGAACAGGAAAACAGAAAUGAAACCAUGAUUGAUUUUCUCAAGACUGCAGUGGACAAGGCGCUGGAGAGUGACAAUGGACACCUGGACCUUUUCCUUCGCUUCCUCCUCGGUCUGUCACUCCAGUCCAAUCGACAACUCUUACGAGGUUUGUUGACACCGCGAGACGGCACUGACCAGAGCAACAAGGGGAUAGUUCAACGACUCUUACGAGGUCUGUUGACAAAGACAGACGGCACUGACCAGAGCAACAAGAGGAUAGUUCGACGACUCUUACGAGGUCUGUUGACACAGCGAGACAACACUGACCGGAGCAACAAGGAAAUAGUUCAGUACAUCAAGCAGAAAUUAGAAGCUAAUCUUCCUGCAGAGAGAUCCAUCAAUCUGUUCUACUGUCUGAAUGAACUGAACGACCAAACUCUGGUGAACGAGAUUCAGACCCACCUUAGCAAAGGAAGUCUCUCAUCUGGUGACCUUUCACCUGCCCAGUGGUCUGCUUUAGUCUUUGUGUUGUUGACAUCAGAAGAAGAGCUGGAGGAGUUUGAGCUUCAGAAAUUCAAGAAAUCAGACGAGUGUCUCAUUAGAUUAUCGCCAGUCAUUAAAGCCUCCAGAAGAGCUCUGUUAAAUGAUUGUAACUUAACAGACAAAAGCUGUUCAGCUCUGGCUGCAGUUCUUGGAUUAGAUACUAAUCUGAAAGAGCUGAGCAUGAACAAUAAUAAGCUGCAGGAUUCAGGAGUGAAGCUGCUCUGCACUGGAUUGAAGAAUAUAAAGUGCAAAUUGGAGAUACUGAGGUUUAGCUGCUGUGAUAUGACAGAUGAAGGUUGUUCUGAUGUGACUUCAGCUCUGAAAUCAAACCCAUCACACCUGAGAGAGCUGGACCUGAGCUUUCUGUUUGUGCUAAUGGGGGAUAUUGUUUCAAGUCUUGAAACAGGUGUUUUUUUUUUUACUUUUUAUGAGUCAGAGGAAACCCUGAUCAUAGAUGUGAACUAUUGUUAUUUCUCUGUCUUUAGUCUGAGUGAUUGCAUUAUUACAGAGAAACAGAGUCUCUUCCUGACUUCAGCUCUGAAAUCAAACCCGUCACACCUGAGAGAGCUGGACCUGAGCGGGAAUGAACUAGGAAACUCAGGAGUGAAGCACUUAUGUGCCGUACUGAAGGAUUCACACUGUAAACUGGAGAGAUUGAGGUUGAGCUGCUGUGAUAUGACAGAUGAAGGUUGUUCUGAUGUGACUUCAGCUCUGAAAUCAAACCCGUCACACCUGAGAGAGUUGGACCUGAACGUGAAUAAUCUAGGAGACUCUGGAGUGAAAAACCUCAGUGAUCUACUGAUGAACCCACAAUUCAAGCUGGAGAAACUACAUCUACAGUACUGUGGCAUUACAGAUGUUUCUUCUUUAACUCAGUCUUUGACGAACUCAAAAGCUCUGCAGUUUUUAAAAGAGCUUGAUCUGAGUGACAAUAAGAUCGGAGACUCAAAGCAGCGGCUCAGAGACGAACUACGAGACUCAAACUGUGUCCUGAGAGUAGAUUAAGAUCGACUGGCAAACGCCCGGAUCGACCGGACUUACAUCAUGGUUUAAAUCUGUGAAACGGAGAUGAGAGGAGCAGAAACCAUCAGGUGAUCCACAGAAGAGUCUCACUGCUGUCUAUGAGGAGAAAUACAUGUGUAAAUGUGUUUCAUACAGCUGGAAGAGGCUCAGACUUCACUAUUAAAUAAAGCAGCGUGUGUGUUAGCAUGCGUAUUAGAAACAUGUGAUAUUGAAUGAUUAAUGUUGGUUUAUUAUUCAGCCAAAUGAUGGUUUAGUUGUAAUUAAAGGUGGAACAGAGGAAGAAGCUCAGAUGAGUGUCAGCAGAAAUCUUCACUAUCAGGCCUGCAAAUAUAAUAAUGUUUAGACUAAAAUAAUCCAGAAUUAUUCAAAUAUUUCUAAUCAUGAACGUGAUUGUCAACUAUAGCACAUACAUGUUUCAAAAGAUAUAGAUUACAUGUAACUUUUAAACAUUUACAGUAUCUCUCUAACAUUUUAUACACAGAAUAUGUUUAUUGUUAUUGUUUUAUUCUAUAUGAAGUUAGUUAUGUGUGUGUGUGCGUGCGUGCGUGCGUGCGUGUGUGUGUGUGUGUGUGUGUGUGUGUGUGUUGCUGAUGCACAGAUGUACAGUAUAUUGUCUCUGUUCUGUGGAUGAAGUCUCUUCUCCUCUACAGACCGACUAAACAUUUUCCCCAGUUAACAGCAUUUAUGUGUGUUUUACUCGCUCCUCAGAUGGCAGAUGGGGGCCACUUCAGGCGAUGAUGUGGCACUGCAGGCCUUCUUAUGGCCCGACAAAAUGUGUGUGAGUCUGAAAGUGGCCCACUUGUAAAAUGGCAAAUAUGGCCCAAAAAUAUGACAAAAAAUUUGCACAAUUGACAAUGACUAAUCUGGGUGUAAACCAAACAUGACCCACAUAUGUUGCAUCAAAUGUGACCCAAUUAUCUUAAAAACAAAUCAGGGCCAGUUUUGGCAAAGAUGAAGGACAGUAAUCACUGUGAAUCUGAAUGUGAACCCAUGGAUGUCAGUGUGAAAUGUGCUGGGGACAGAAACACAUUCAUUUAUUUUUUUCUUUCGUGCAGGUCAUGUUUUGAAAGACGAUGUCCUGUAGAUUACUAAUGUAAAUAAAUAAAAAUGUAUACAAAAAUGUGAUGAUGUCCGGUGCCUAUGUGUGAACCUAAAGUGGCCAAAUAAACGAAAAAUGAGCGAA